AUGACAAAAUACGCAUGCCCCGCCCCCUCAAUCAGGCUGCAAGCCUGCUCAUUGUCCGAUUUGCUUGGGGAACCGAUUGUAUAUUGACUUCCUGAGAAAACCUAUGCGUUUGGAACUCAAUUGGACAAACUGCUAAUUUGAAAGAGUAUUAAGUUGCAAAUAUGAGCAAAAGGAAAGCACCGCAAGAAACCCUGAACGAGGGGAUCACCGACUUUCUCAUUGAGUUGGCUAAUUAUGAAAAAAAUGUCAACAGGGCGAUUCAUAAAUACAACGCCUACAGGAAAGCGGCAGCUGUCAUUGGGAAAUAUCCCAAUAAAAUAAAAAAUGGCACAGAGGCUAAAAAGCUGGAUGGAGUUGGAGCAAAAAUCGCAGAGAAAAUAGAUGAGUUUCUGACCACUGGGAAACUGCGUAAAUUGGAAAAGAUCCGUAAUGAUGAUACAAGCUCCUCCAUCAACUUCCUUACAAGAGUCACAGGCAUUGGCCCAGCAGCUGCAAGGAAGUUUUUUGAGGACGGAAUAAAGACUCUGGAUGAUCUCCGGAAGAUUGAACACAAGCUCAAUCACCACCAACAGAUUGGCUUGAAGUACUUUGAGGACUUUGAGAAGCGCAUUCCUCGUACAGAGAUGACAAAGAUGGAAGGCCUUAUUCUGAAGGAGCUGGAGGUGGUCGACCCAGAGUACAUCGGCACCAUCUGUGGCAGCUACAGGAGAGGUGCGGAGUCGAGUGGUGAUAUUGAUAUCCUGCUGACCCACCCGGACUACACCUCCCAGACUGACAAACAGCCCAAGUUGCUGCAUGCCGUUGUGGAGCACCUGGAAUCCAUCGGCUUUGUGACCGAAACCCUGUCCAAAGGAGACACGAAAUUCAUGGGUGUUUGCCAGCUGCAGAUGGAUGAUGAUCCUGAUGCCACAGAGCCCAACCCUCACAGGCGUAUUGACAUCAGGCUGAUUCCCAAGGACCAGUAUUACUGUGGAGUGCUGUAUUUCACUGGUAGCGAUGUCUUCAACAAGAACAUGAGAACCCACGCACUGGAGAAGGGCUUCACGCUCAACGAGUACACCAUCCGACCACUGGGGGUCACUGGCAUGGCAGGGGAGCCCCUGCUGGUGGAUAGUGAGAAGGACAUCUUUGAAUACAUCCAGUGGAAAUACAGAGAGCCCAAGGAGCGCAGCGAAUAAGUACAGCACGCAGACCACAACAAUCCAGCAAAUGAUGGAACCCAGAGAGAGUGAAAGAGAGGUGGAGAUGUCAGAAUAUGAGUCUGUGAAACAGUAUUUCCGCUAGCCUUAUUCAUCUGUUUAUUUAAGUCAUGAUUCCUGCAUUGAUGUGUGUCUGUAUUGUUUUUAGUAUGACACUGCUCAUAUGUGUGCAAAUAUUAUUAUUUUUUUAAUUUCUCUCGGGUCAGUGGAAGUGUAGUAUUGAAGAUUUGAAUGGAAGUCGAUCAACAGACUGAUUCUAAAGCCUGUACACUUUUAUGUACUACAGUACACAAGUGUACGAUGGAGAAGUCUGUGAAUUUUUGAUCCGUCAUUUCUCAGGAUUACCCAUGGCACUCCACGUCAUUUCUAAACCUAAAGGGACACAGCGGUAUGGAGAUCCACAUACCCACACUAAAGCACCAAUCACCUCUGACCUGCCUCUGCCCAGGCAACAUCAGCUGGAUACUGAUGCGCUAAGCCCUCUUUUGUCUUCCUACCACAUGCUGGGCUGGGCUUGGAUCCCUCUGAGCCUACUGUAGGAGCACUGACAAUGGUGCCCAAUGCCCAUACAAAUUAUUCUUGAGACAUUGACUUUGUCCGAUGUAAAACUUGCUUAGUAUCAUCCCCACAUUGUCCGAUCAAGCAGAAUUUUACUUAUUGUUUUUUUUUUCUUCUUCUUUUUUGACAAAUAUGUGGUGGAGCAGGUAGAUUUUUGGAUUUCAUUUUAAAUUAUUCUAUAAUGCUGCAUACAGAGGACAAAAACAUGGAAGACUAUGAAGAUAAGGCAAAGCUAAUACAAUAUUGGGGGGAAAACAUGGAGAUGGUAAAAAAAGAAUCAUGUUACAGUAAAUAUUCUUUUAUAUUCUAUAAGUUUUGCUAGUGAGAGUAGAGAGCAUGUGACUUUUGUUUUGAUGAAACAUUUUAUUUAAUGUGUGACUGUAUGCUUGUGAGAAUAAAACAGGUAAAGAAUUUG